UUCAGCGCAUGAAAUCUCGUCUGAUUCAUCAUUUCUACGCAAAUUUACAGCUUAGAAUAAUACUUACUAACUUAGAAUUACCAGCGAAAUGGAAACGAUAGUGGAAGAAAUCGUAGCAGUUGAAGACUUAAAGAAAAAUGAGCAACUGUACAAUGCUGAGCUGGCACAGGGGAGGGUGACCGUCGGGACUCAGUUUCAGUAUGCUUGGUGUCUGGUGAGAAGUCGUUACAGGGAUGACAUGAGGAGAGGGGUCGUACUCCUGGAGGAACUCCUGCAUGGCGGAAGCCCUCAGGUCCAACGGGAUUGCCUUUUCUAUCUAGCCAUCGGAUAUUACAGGCUGAAGGACUAUACAAAUGCCUUGAAGUUUGUCCAAGGCCUACUUCAAAUUGAACCCAACAACAGGCAAGGAGCUGAUCUUGAAAAACUCAUCAAAAAGAAGAUGAAUAAAGAUGGACUUCUCGGGAUGGCAAUCGUAGGCGGAGCAGCUGUAGCCCUUGCCGGUCUAGUAGGAGCAGGAAUCGCCCUAGCAAAGAAAUAGAACUCUCUUGCACAUCAUUUCCAAAGAAAAGAUAUUGUUAAUAAUCUUUUUGCAAAUAUCAAACUCUGAUGUGAAUAAUAUAUCAAGCAAAGGAAGUUCAAAGAAUUUGCCGAUUGAUAAGACAUGGUUGUGAGAAUUGUACCGUAUACACACUAGUGAAACAGGACAACUCCUCGAGGGGGAACCUCUCCUUUAGAUACAAUCCCCUGGAACAUUUUGUCCAACACUUUUCUUACACCUUUCAAAUGCAUGCACACUGUUUAUUUCAUAUUAAUGGAUUUAUUUUCAGACGGGCUUCUUGGAAUGGCAAUAGUUGGUGGUGCAGCCGUAGCGGUGGCAGGACUAGUCGGAGCAGGAAUUGCUCUUGCAAAGAAGAAAUAGCACUUCCACAGGUACCAUAUCAUCUUUGAUAGUCAGGACAUUUUCUAAAUCAUCUCUCAAAAAUGCAACUGUAAUGCCAAUGAAGAGUUCGAAGGCCUUUCUGAUGGAAUAAAAUGUGUGACAGUGGGGGGUUUAGUCAUCAGGGAUGCCAGUUUUCAGGCAAAAGCCUGAAUUCAGGCUCUGGCCAUUUAUUUUCAGGCCAUAGUUUUAGCACUUUUGUGUACAAAUUUGUAUUCUAGGUGAUUUUCAGGCCCUCUGAUCAAUUCCAACUGGCAUCCCUAAACCCGUUGUCUUCUGAAGAACUGUCAUUCCCAUAGACUUGUACAGGGGCAAUCCGGUCCCAUUAUGCAAUGGAUUUGUUAAGCGAGUUCAGACUGAAAAUGUGCAUCUCGGUAUGACUGUCAAGAAAAUGCUCGCCACCAUUGCUCCUAUGAGGAAAUUUCUUUGCAUAACUACAUUUUAACAUGUCAAUCAUCGCUGGAGCCUGUCAGCUUUCUAUCAAAGUAUUUUUUGUAUGUUAACUCAACCUGUUCCAGUUUCAAGUUAUUUGUCACUCAUUCCAACUUACAUGUUUCUUGGUGAAUGGGACUGCAGUACCUCCUCUAUAUGGCUUUAUAUAAACAUAAAUUGUUAUUGUAAUUAACUGUGCAUGGGAAUUUUUAAACACUAAUAGAUGUGCUUAGUUAAGAUUGAAAUACUCGAAAUUGCUCAGAUUUUCUUUCACAACACUGAGUUUCAACUCAACAAAGCUUCAUUUGUGUUCUGUUGCCAUUUUUCUUUUCUUUUAGUUUGUUUUUUGGGCCAUCAUGAAAUGAUGAAAAGUGGCCUGUGUUUACCUAGCUAUAAACCAUUAUUAAAAAAGGAAUAGUAAACAGUUUUUCAUCAAACUGAUUAAAUAUGUAUUAUUAACAUAAUUCUUAAAUCUGUCCGUGAUUGGAGCUUAAGGGGAUUUGUGGACAGGGAGUGAGUUCCACAGCCGAGUCGUCCU